ACACAUAGAUACACACACAUACACGUGUGUGUUAGUUAUAUAGUAUUUAUAUGCUGCGCGUGCAUUCCUUUUAUUUAUUUAUCUCUCGUGCUAGGACAGCAGGUACUGCUAUUAAUUUAUCCGGAGGAUUACCACUGGAUUUAGCAAGCUUUUUUAUUAAUAUACUGUCGCUACUACAAUUACUUAUUAUCUCCACCACUCUUAUUAUUAUUGCUGAAUGUGCGGGAAGGAAGGUGGUGGGACUUGACCUAUCUUGUGUACAUAUAUAUAUUUGUAUAUCAACACUUGAACUUACUAGAUUUGUGAAAAUAACGUAGAAAGUUUGUUGUCAAGAAAAACGAAAGAAAAGCUCUUAUUUCCGUGUUGUUUUGUAUCACGAACUAAACUAAAACAAAUCUGAUUUCUUUUUAUGAUAUUGUUGUUAUUGUGGAGAGAGAAAUUUUAUCUUAUUUUUCUGUAAUAUAAAUUCGUUCACAUGGAUUACUUUUAUUGUUGAAAUCAGAUUUUUGAAAUUCAAUAACCACCACCUGACUAAAAGGAAAAAGUCAACAUUGAAAAUUACCUGAUAAUUGGUGGCUGUUUUACUUUGGAAGAGUCAAUAGAGUUCUUUCACAGUGGUGGAUUCUGCAAAAAUGUUCAAGAAGCAUAAAAAGCCAGAUCGAGCAUUGUACGUGUUCCCUGCACGUCGCAUGAUUGCAGAAAAUGAAUCGCAGCAGAAACCUUCUUUAAUUAAUGAUGAGCUUGAAUACAACAGCAACAGCAGUGUCGAUGUCACACACAGAAAUACUGUGAACACUGAUAUUACACAUCAAUGUAAACACCUGGAGUCUCCUUCAAGCAGACAACAACGUACUGUUUCAAUUGCCACAAGAGAUCAGGUAAAUGGUCUCCACAAAAUUCUGUCCAACAAGUUAAAUAAUGAAUCCUCUCCAUACAGACAACAGCGUAAUGUUCCAAGAGCUAGCAGGUCUCCAUCAAACAAGUUUAAUAAUAAAACUUCCCCUAACAGACAACAACUUAUCGUUACUUAUACCAGCAAGGACCAGAUAAAUAACGGUAUCCACAAGACUUUAUCAAAUACUUUGAAUAAUAAUAAUAAAUCUUUUCCAGAUGAGGGUGAAUUCGGUGUGACAAAGGAAGUCGGUCAUGAUUUUGUUUGUUCCAGACAGUUUGGUCGUGCUAGGCAGCCAUACUCCUCAAACUCACAAGAAGCAAAUAAAUUUAUGGGAGCAGGAAGAGGAAGGCUGCUUUCCCUUAUGGAAAAUUACUUGAAGAUGGAAUCAGAAGAAAGGAAUGGCCACAGUAAAGAAUCUGAUUCUUUGACAUCUGCAGAUACUUGUGGUACUGUCAUCCACAAUCAGCAUACAAUACACAAUAAUUCUCAUCCAAACUCUUCAUCUAAUGGUGUUUUACGAAACAAACGUGAGAAUCCCAGAAUUUUGGGUAAAGGGAGAGCUCGCUUAGCUAAAAAGUCUACAAUGGCUGAAAAAAAAUCUCCAAGAGUUUCAUUGGACAGAAGCUCCUUGAAUAGUCCAGACAUGUCAGCUGGACAGUUUGACUCCUGUGAUCAAGAGGAAGAAGUGCAGCAACAGGAAGAAAAAUCUCCAAGAGUCUCAAUGGACAGAGGCUCGUUGAAGAGUCCAGACAUAUCAUGGGACAGUUCUGAAAUUCCAGAUGGAGACAACACUACUGAAAAGACUGCUGUGGAAAACAAACCUCUGAGCUGGGCUGAAGAAAUGAGAGAAUUUGAUCGACUUCAUCUUAAGGGUAAUAACAGUGAUUAUGAUGAUGAUGAUGAUGAUAGUAAUUGUAGCAUGUCACCACAUGUUCUGAGGAAUUCAGUCGAGAAAGAGAACUGGUUAUAUAACAGUGGAUCACCUGAAAAUCAUGUUUCAUACAAAACAAAUAACUAUUCACCCAAUGGAAACCAAUAUUCUGAGAAUGGAGUAAAUAACAGGCAUCGCUCUAAACAUCGGAUUAACACACGAUGGCGGACAGUUUCCAAUGAUUCCGGUUCUAAUGGUAACAGUUUCAACUCUAGAAAUAAAGUGACAUCCAAUUUUGUUGUCAAUGGAAACCAAGUUUCUCCGAAAGACCUACAGCAUAAAAUAAAUAGCAUCACAAACAAUGGGAGAAUUAACACUUCUUCAUAUGGGAAUAAGCGGACAUCACUAACAAACGGUGACCAUACGGAAAGAAUAACCAAAUCUUGGGAAGAAAGCUUUCUAUCACGAUGUUCAGCAGCUGGCUACAAAUUCUUUGAUACUCAUUGUCACCUAGAUAGAAUCUUUGAUGAUCUGAAAAGUAAAUCAGAAAAACAUUUCUCAAAUUUCAAAGAAUUUAAAGAAGCAAAUUGGACAACAUUUCCAAAAGAAUUUGCUGGUUGCUUAACUGUCUUUUGUGAUCCUUGGAGAUUUGAUUCUAAAGGAAGUCUGCUAUGUAGCUUCAUCAUGGAAGACAACGUGUGGAUAGCAAUGGGAUGUCACCCAAAGAGGGUGAAGUAUUUCACUGCUGAACGAAUGCAGCAACUGAAGGAUUGCCUGUUGCAGGUGCCAUCCAUUGUAGCUGUUGGAGAGAUAGGAUUAGACUACUCUGGAGUGUUUUAUCAACAAAUAGAUGAUCAAAAACGGGCUUUACGGGAUCAAAUCAGACUAGCAGUUGACAUGAAUAAACCAAUUAUCAUACACUGUAGAGAUGCUGAAGAAGAUUGCCUUCAGAUUUUUCUGGAAGAAUGUCCUCAGAACUGGCCCAUCCACCUUCAUUGCUACACAAAUUCCUAUAAUUGUGCACAGAAAUGGCUGAAUGCCUUUCCAAACCUUUGCAUUGGACUAACUCCCAAAGUGACUUACAAAAGUUCCACAGCACUCCAUGACACAGCUCACAGGAUAUCUUUAGACCGUCUUCUUUUGGAAACUGAUGCUCCCUACUUUAUUCCUUCAAUGGUUUCACAGAAUUCAAUGGUUACCUCACAUCCGGGAAUGGCUUUCUCUGUCGCAGAAACUGUCGCAGACCUAAAGAACAUCAGUGUGAAAGAAGUUCUGAAAGCUUGCCUGGAGAAUACACAGAGACUUUACGGAAUCAAACUAUAGAAAUAAACAAAAAAAUUUUUUAAAAAAAGUAAAAUUUACCAUAUCAGAAUUUAA